AUUUUUUUCGCUUCAGUGUAGUAUGCAAACAGCUGUGUGUAUGCCCUUUUAACACUUUCGCUUUUCUUACUAGUCCUGUUGUAGUAACCAGCUAAUCCUGCCUGUCUUCUGUCACCUGUCAAAAGUACAUCUGUAAAAAAAAAGAAAGGAGGGAAUUAAAUUAUGAUUGGUUUCAGGUUACCAUUUACAAGUCAGUAGAAAUUUGUCGUGCGAUACACUUUCCAGUAUACGUGAGGAUGUAUAAUAUUAAAUUAAAGAAAUAGAAUAUUUUUUAUACGCGGAUUAUGUUUAUGGAUUUAAUUUUUUGAAUUAUCACUGUCAUCAUAUAAUCCGGUUUGAAACUUUUGUUUCUCAUACUCCAAAUAAAGUGAAAAUGUCCAUUGACUUUGAUAGUGCAGCUCUCCAGACCCAGCACGAGGAUGAAGAAUUUGAUAAAGAGGACUAUGCCAGAGAACAAGAGUUACAACAGCUGUUGACAGAUCUACCUGAUGAUAUGCUGGAGGACAGCAGGGAUAUGUCAUCCCCAGAAAUGAAUUACUCUGACUGCAGUGAAAGUGAAACUGCAGUAAGAAACCAGCAACCCUGGCAACAAAAUAAGCACUGGAAUGCUGUUCCAACCUCGGCAGAUCUCCAAAAAAGCUUUGAAGAAGACUAUGAAGUUCAGUAUGAGGAUCAGUGUAGAUAUGACCAAGCAAGUCAACAAACAGGUUUUCAAGAUGAUGUUAAACAGUAUCUUAAUGUUUGGAAUAAAGACCAUAAUGAAGAGAAGCACCAGUAUAAAGGCAAAGGAUAUUCCUACCAAAGUGCAGAGAAUAAUGAGGCUCUUGAAGACUCUGAGUUUCACAACAGAGAUAAAUUCAGUUCAGAAGCUCAUUUUCAGCUUUCUAGUGCACAUCUUCCAACUGAUGUAUCACAGAUCAACAGAGAUCCUUUACGGUACUUUCUUCCUCAUGGUCCCAGAAGAACUCAAGCUCUGGAAUCCUAUACUGUGAAAUACAAACCGUAUAAGCCUACAAUUGAAUCACAUAUUGCAUUAGACAAAGAAAUCGACAAAGAGCAAAGAUUUGAAGAGAUGCAGAGAGACUUCCUAGAUGCUGGGGAAGAUUCCUUGGAAAGGCAACAAAUUGCACAGCUACAGGCUCUUUACAAAGCAAGAGGAAGAAUGAUUGAAGAGCUUCAGCAGAAACAUGAUGAAAAUGAUAGAGAAAUAAGAUACCUCAAGCAUCAAUUUGCUAUUAUUAAGGAUGAAAAAGAUGGUUUAUUAUUAAGCUUGCAAGAAUCAAAGAGGUUGGUUCAGGAAGGCAUAGACAGAGAAGUACUGCUACAAGGACAGGUAAAAGCGCUGGAAGCAAAAGUGGAAACUCUGAAUAACAGUGAAGAAGAGUCUCUGAAGAAGUUGAAAGUUGCAGAAGUGGCAGUGGAGAGCUUGCAGCAGCAGCUUAUGGAACUUAAAUGCUCAGAGGCUCUCACCCGGGUCAGGGAACAACAUGAAACUGUCAUAGCAACACUUAAGCAGAAACAUGAAAGGAAGCUGUUAGCUGUACAGCAAGAACUUGAUGCAGCCAAGUGUACAUUAGAACAGAAGAAUGAAAGUUGUCAGUGUCUUGAGGAACGAGUCAAAUUUCUAGAACGACAGCUGGAAGAAAUCAAACUGGAGAAAGUUGAAAUAAUUAACAGGCUGACAAAAAGUUUGCAGGAGAGUCAACAACAGUGCAGUAAUUUGCUGCAGACAGGCUCUCUGCAGGAGAUAACUCAGUUACGGUUCCAGCUGCAACAAGCACAGUCUGCCAAGGUUAUGAGUGACAACAUGAUCAGAGCACUGCAGGAAGAGUUAAGUGAAAUUAAAGAACAGAUGGCCAUCUAUGAAUCUGCUGCUAAAGUUGGAGUGUUUUUGAAUGGUUCAUCGGGUGACACUGACACGGAACUUUCAGAAUCAUACAUUGAGCUGGGUAUUAAAAAAUGCAAGUGGAAAACAGCCCAUUUUCACAGCUCAUUGCAGAAUGGAAUGCCUGAAAAAGAAGUGUCCAAAGAUGAUAUUGUACUAGAGUUGAAAACUGAACUUGAACGCUCACUUGGUAGUAUCAGAAGGAAAAGGUGCCAGGUUACACGACUACAGGAUGAACUUAAAGAAUCUCAGAAGCAAGUAAUGGAUCUCAGGAAACAGCUGGAGAAUGCACAACAAAUGGUAAAAACUCAUGAGGUAAAAUCAAGUUCUGUUGAAAAUCGUAUUGAUAUAAACAUCCCUCUUUCUGCUCAACCAUGUGAAAUGGAGGGUGAGAGUCUUGAGACUGAGAACAGAGUGCUGCAGGAAAGGGUUAAGAAUCUCCAGAGGCAGAUCCAGGAGGUUAAUGACAGCGAGGAGAAACUGAAGGGCAUGAACCAGGAACUGUGUAAUGAGAUGCGUCAAAUGGUCUGUGAUUUUGAUCAUGACAAGCAAGAGGCAAUUCAAAGAUUAGAGAAGACAUAUGAGCAACAUCAUGAUGAUAUUAAAGCCUGCAUACGAGAAGAGCUAUUAAAGAAUUAUGCUGAUGAAAAGGAACAACUCAAAAGUAUUUAUGAAGAGCAGAUUUUAUUGUUCAAAACAAAGCUUGAGGAAGUGAACCAAGAAAUGCUCGGAGUGCAAGAAUGCUAUAUUACUGUUUGCAAAGAAAAGGACUCCCUGGAACAAGCAUUAAUGAAAAUGGAGCAAGAACGAAAAAAUCUGGAAGAAAAGCUUAAAGAACAGUUGUCCAAACAAAAAGACAAUGAGCUGAAAAGCUUAAAGGAUGAACUUGAAGAAAAGCACAGAACUGCUCUAACAAUAAUAGAAAAGCAGUAUAUAAAUGAGCGGGAAGCUGAUGUUAUGGAGAAAGUUAAAACACAAGUUGCACUUGCCAAGAGCAGCUGGAAGGAGGAACAAGAUAAGAUUAAAGAAUUUGCCAUCAUGGAAGCAGUUAAAGAAAUUGAAGCAAAAUGGCAACUUCAGGUUAUAAGAAUCACAGAGGAAUUUAAAAAUAUACCGUUUGUUGAAAAAAGGGAUUGCACCUGUCAAACUGAGCAGUCCUGCACUCAGCAAGUUGGCUUCAGUCCAGAUCUCGAGACAGCAUUUGAGAAGCAAAAGCAGGAGCUUGAGCAAGCAGCCCAGAAAGAAAAAAUGUGUGCUGUAGAGGAAGCCUUAAGGAAUCUUGAAAUGGAGUUGGAACGGAAACAUCAGAAAGAUAUUACUAAGCUGAUAGAAGCAGCUGUAGCAAAUGCAAAGUCGGAAUGGCUUCAGGAAUUAACUAACUUUCCAGAGUAUAGGGCAAGUCUGAAAACUGAGAAAGCAAAAUGGGAAAAGGAACAUGAACGAGAGGUUUCACAACAGUUAUCAGUCAUGUUAAAAGCUGCUGAAGAGAAAUGGAAGAAUGAUUGCUUAAAGGAACUUCCCAAGUUUGACAAAAAUGGUACACUAAAAGAACUGCAAGACCAAGCCCUUAAACGUGAGUUAGAGCUUAAAAAAGAAGAAAUGGCUGCACUUUUAAAAACUGAGCUAGCCAAGGCUCGUACUCAGUGGAACAAAGAAAAACAAGAAGAAAUCAAAAGGAUUCAUGAGCUUAAUGAGAAAGAUUAUCGUGCUUUUUUGGAUGAGCACAAAACUAAAAUCAGUGAUAUCCUUAAAGCAGCAAAUGAAGAUUUUGAAAGGCAGAAAACUGACUUGCUUAUACAAAAAGAAGCUGAAAUGAACAGUUACUUUGAAGAGAAGAAGAGAGAGUUGAUGCUACAUGCAACAAAAAAAUCUCAGUUUGUAAAAGAGCAAUAUGAAAAGGAGCUCCUAGUUGAAAUAGAAUUUGUACUAAGUGACAUCCAGGAGCAGUUACUCAGAAAUCUGGAUGUUGAUUGCCAGCGCAAAAAGUUGUACAGCACACCAAAGCAAAUUCAGACAAGCUGUCAUGAAAAAUUGAGAACGUAUUUGGAAAAAGCUUUUGAAAACUUCAUGCGUAAGAUGUUGGAAUUACAAAGAAACAACUGGAAUGAGAAAAAAGAAGAGAAAAAAAGUUAUACUAUCCAAGAAUCAGCAGUGCAUCAUGAAGAAAAAGUGCCACUAGCAAAUCACAAGUCUGAGAACAUAUGUCAACAAAGCCCUAUUCCUCAUCAGGCACAUACAGAGAAACAUAAAACAGCUACAACAAUUAAAGCUGUUGAAAAAGAUGAUAAACUGUUUAGAAACCUUCAAGAAACUGAGGGAGCUCUCGACAAAAUAACAAGUUUACAGAAAGAAGAGACAGAAGAUUUGUGCAAGCUGUGCUCUAGAGGACUAGCAGAGCUCCGUAAUCAGUAUAUGAAAGCUGUGGGCAGAAUUAGAGGAGACAUGCUACGUUACAUCCAUGAAAGCAAAGAACGUGCUGCCGAAAUUCUUAGAAAGGAAGUGUUAAGAGAACGACAAGAGACUGCACGCAAAAUGCGAAAAUACUAUUUGAUUUGUCUGCAACAACUUUUGUCAGACAGUGGGAAAGAUGAAGGUGCUGAGAAAAAAAUUAUGAAUGCUGCAAGUAAGCUUGCUGCAAUGGCUAAAGUAUUGGAAACGCCUCUUCAUAAGAAAAAACACAAAAUCUACUCCGCAUUAGAACCUACAGUUGUUCCUGAAGAGGACAACCAUGACAGUGGGCAAGAAUUUUCAGCUUGCAAAGAAAGGAAAGUCCAUCCCAGAUCUAAAAACUCCAAUGUUUAUGAACAAUUAAGUAAUCAAGCUGAAAAAAAUCUUCCUUGUGGUUUUGCAAAACAAAGUGCCAAUGUGAUUUCCACUAAGCAAUCUGCAACCUGUAUUGCAAUGAACAAAGGAAAACAAAUACUUGCUUCUGUUAAAAAAAAUGGUGACGCUUUGCCAGUGGAAACUACUACUGUCUGUCUACACAGAAAAAUUCAUUCUGGAUUUGUAGCUGAAGCUGUGCAGAUGGGUCAGAUAAAGUGUCACAGUCCUUCCCAGGAGAAUUCACAACUAGGAAGUAUAUGUCAUUGUAACACAAGUGAUAGCCUUUCUGAUUCUGCUUCAGAGAACAUAAAUCUUCAGAAGAAAGAUAAAGAAGAGAUUUGUAGAAGGCUUGAACAUAAUUACCCAGAAGUACAUCACUGCUCCAAAUCUGAGUGUGCUAAGUUUUUUAAUGAAAAGCCAGUCAAAGAUGGCUCUGGGGACUGCAAUUCUUUUUGUAUAGAUUUUAAAAUAGGCAGCUGUCAUGAGGCUUAUUCAUCUCAAUCACUAAGAACAGUGCCUUUGAGAGAUUAUGUCACACAGUUGCCUUCCUCUGUCUUGUCUCUUGCUUCAGACAUUAAGUCAUCGUCUGGUGCUGUAGAAAGUGGGGGUGUCCAUAGCAAGAAACAUGGUGAUAUAUCAGAAGGACAGAAUGGUAAGACUAAUGAUUCUAAGAGGAAUGCUUCAUUUCACAAAAAAGAACAUUUUUCUCAUGUUAGUAAGCACAGAUCUCAAGCUUGUGUAAGUCCAGAUUCAGGUAACUUUAGCUCUGUUGGAAAAACAAGCACCACUCUGCAGAGUUCAGAUACAAGGAAGGCAUCCAGAUUACAUGGAAGAAAGUUGGUAACAGAUCCCAGACUACAGCAGCAAGAUAGUGGGAUUGAUAGUCCACUCACUUCUGAUAAACUGCCUAACAGAAAUAGUUAAUUGCAUUAACACCCUCAACAUGUAGUACAUCCUUAUGGCUAGCUUUGGAUUCUGUGGCAGGAAUUGUACCCAGACUUUAGUGUAAAGCACACUAAAGAGGUGGGUAUGUCCUUUGUAAGCACUUUAUUUUUGUUAAGUGUCCCAGCAGACUUCCUUAUAUAAAUAAGCAGCUGACAUUGCAAGUAUAAAUGUUGCUUAGUCUUAUAGUCAUAGCUCUGCAUCUGUAGAAUGUAUUUGUUGAA